CAAUAAAAAGGGCAAACGUAAAUAAUUAGACAAUUUUACAAGAAGAUAGCCAAGUGAAAUGUUCAAGUAUCUGGUUGUGUUGACCAUCCUGGCUUUGGCCAGUGCUGAGAUCCAGCGGAUCAAGAUCCACAAGAACCAGGAUCACAAGAACACCCUUAAGAAUCGCAAGCAGGCGAUUCGAGCUCUGAAGCACAAGUACCAUCAGACGGAUGAUCUGAUUAUCUACGACGAUGGAGUUCCUAUUUACGUGCAGCCCGACUACGACAAUGACUAUCCCAGUCAGAAUACGGACGACUACACCACCGAGGAGCUGGGCAACUCGAUGAACAUGUACUACUACGGCCAAAUCACCAUUGGCACUCCACCGCAGUACUUCAACGUGGUCUUCGACACGGGCUCGGCCAAUCUCUGGAUCCCAUCUGCCCAGUGCCUCGCCACCGAUGUGGCCUGCCAGCAGCACAACCAGUACAACUCCAGUGCCUCCUCCACGUUCGUGUCCAGUGGCCAGAACUUCUCCAUCCAAUACGGCACUGGCAGUGUCACGGGCUACCUGGCCAUAGACACGGUGACCAUUGAUGGCCUGGCCAUUGCCAAUCAGACCUUCGGCGAGGCCGUUUCCCAGCCCGGCGACAGCUUCACCGACGUGGCCUUCGAUGGCAUUUUGGGCAUGGGAUAUCAGCAGAUCGCCGAGGACAAUGUGGUGCCACCGUUCUACAAUCUCUACGAGCAGGGACUGAUCGAUGAGCCGGUGUUCGGCUUCUAUUUGGCCAGGAACGGCACCUCGGAGGAGGGUGGCCAACUGGCAUUGGGUGGAACCGAUCAGAGCCUCAUUGCUGGCGAGAUGACCUACGCAGAGGUCACCCAGCAGGGUUACUGGCAGUUCGCCGUGAACAACAUCACCUGGAACGGCACCGUGGUCUCGGAUGGCUGCCAGGCAAUCGCCGAUACUGGAACCUCUCUGAUCGCCUGUCCCCCGGCUGCCUACUCCCAGGUCAACUCCCUGAUCGGAGCCGUCCUCAUCCAGGGCGAGUACUAUGUGUCCUGCGCCACUGUGAGCUCGCUGCCGGUGCUGACCUUCAACAUUGCCGGCACCAACUGACCUCCCCCCUCGGUAUACAUACAAACCUACACCGAGGGCAACUACACCACAUGCAUGUCCACCUUCACCUACAUCGGCACCGACUUCUGGAUCCUGGGCGACGUCUUCCUGGGCCAGUACUACUCCGAGUUCGACUUCGGCCAGAACCGCGUUGGUUUCGCCAAUCUGGCUUAAAUCUUCAACGAACGAACGAACGAUCUGUUAAAUACUUUUUAAACUUAAGUGAUGAUUAGAAAAAGUAAAAAAAAUGCAAGUUUUAA